UUGAAACUACAUCCGCGUUAACUCCGAACACAAGUGGCACUUCCCAUUAUCCGCACAUCUGUACAUGACCAGAACCUGCACAUGCUGAUGGCGCAAAGGUACGAAGACUUAGCCCACUACGGUGGCGGAAUGGACGGUGUUGGGGUUCCGGCAUCGAUGUAUGGAGACCCGCAUGCUCCUCGGCCUUUGCCGCAAGUCCAUCACUUGAACCACGGGCCACCUCCCCAUACUAACCAGCACUACGGGGCCCAUGCGCCACCCAGUCUCGUGCCCAGCCUCGUACCCAGCGGCAUGGGCUCUGCUGUCAGUGAUGUCCUUAAGAGAGAUAAAGACCAGAUUUACGGGCACCCACUAUUUCCUUUGCUGGCGCUGGUUUUCGAGAAAUGCGAGCUGGCCACAUGCACGCCCAGAGAGCCUGGGGUCGCAGGCGGCGACGUCUGCUCUUCCGAUUCCUUCAACGAGGACAUUGCUGUCUUUGCCAAGCAGAUACGGGCAGAGAAACCAUUAUUUUCAUCAAAUCCAGAACUGGACAACUUGAUGAUUCAGGCAAUACAAGUAUUACGAUUUCAUCUUUUGGAACUGGAAAAGGUGCACGAGCUAUGUGAUAACUUUUGCCAUCGGUACAUUAGUUGCCUGAAAGGGAAAAUGCCCAUUGAUCUUGUAAUUGAAGAUCGGGAAGGAUGCAAGUCUGACUACGACGACCUCUCUGGAUCGUCGACAAAUCUUGCAGAUCACAAUCCAGCUUCCUGGAGAGAUUUAGAUGAUGCCCACUCCACUCCCUCGGUAGGCACCCCAGGGCCAUCCAGUGGGGGCCAUGCGUCUCAGAGCGGAGACAACAGCAGCGAACUCGAUGGCCUAGAGAACAACUUAGCAUCUCCUGGUACAGGUGAUGAGGAUGAUCCUGAUAAGAAACGCCAGAAGAAGAGAGGGAUUUUUCCCAAGGUGGCAACAAACAUUAUGCGUGCAUGGCUGUUCCAGCACCUCACGCAUCCAUACCCUUCAGAAGAGCAGAAGAAACAGCUAGCUCAAGACACAGGCCUUACUAUCUUACAAGUGAAUAACUGGUUUAUCAAUGCCCGGCGAAGGAUUGUGCAGCCCAUGAUCGACCAGUCAAACCGAGCAGUGAGCCAAGGAACUGCUUACAGCCCUGAUGGGCAGCCAAUGGGAGGUUUUGUUCUGGACAGCCAGCAGCACAUGGGCCUCCGACCUGCAGGUCCAAUGGGGGGCAUGGGCAUGAACAUGGGGAUGGAUGGCCAGUGGCACUACAUGUAACCUUCCACACAGACAUGGUCAUAAUGCCAGCCCUAUGGGGACUCUCCAGCACUAGC